AUGGAGAAAACCCCAAAUGCACACAAUAGCACAACCUCAAGUUUAUUAUCAUUCUUCUUCGUCAUCUUCUCUCGUUUUGCACAUCAGGUUGCACUUGGGAAGGUGAGCUGCCAGGCUCGGAUGGCUGGGCUGGUGGGGGCAGCAGGCGGAGAGAAGGAGAGAAGGUACUUUGUGCUGGAUUUUGAGGCUGGCAUCCUGCAGUAUUUUGUGAAUGAGCAGAGCAAACACCAGAAGCCUCGAGGAGCCCUGUGUUUGUCUGGAGCCAUAGUGUCCCUGAGUGACGAAGCUCCCCACAUGCUGGUCGUGUACUCUGCUAGCGGAGAGAUGUAUAAACUGAGAGCUGCUGAUGCAAGAGAGAAACAGUUUUGGGUGACUCAGCUCCGAGCUUGUGCCAAAUACCACAUGGAAACGAAUUCGAAGAGUACUCCAAGCUCCCGGAGCCGAAGUCUCACUUUGCUCCCCCAUGGAACACCCAAUUCUGCGUCUCCCUGUAGCCAGAGACACCUCAUUGCGGGGGCCCCCGGUGUGGUCACAAUCACGCAUCACAAGUCGCCUGCAGCCGCCCGAAGAGCCAAGAGUCAGUAUCCUGGCCAGCUUCACGAAGUCAGAGAGAUGAUGAGCCAGGUGGAAGGGCAGCAGAAGAACCUAGUGCACGCCAUCGAGUCCCUGCCAGGCUCUGGCCCCCUCACUGCCUUGGACCAGGACCUGCUGCUCCUGAAAGCUACCUCUGCCGCCACCCUCAGCUGCCUCGGGGAGUGCCUCAGCCUGCUGCAGCAGAGUGUGCACCAGGGGGCUGCCCCCAGCCACAAGCCGGGGCCCUCAGAAAACAUCCUUGGAUGGCAUGGGUCCAAGUCACAUUCCACAGAGCAGCUGAAAAAUGGGACACUGAGCUCUUUACCAUCAGCCAGUGCCAACAUAACCUGGGCAAUUUUACCAAACUCCACCGAGGAUGAACAGACCUUACAGCCAGAGCCAGAGCCAAACUCAGGCCCUGAACUGGUUUUGUCCGAAGAUGAGAAAACUGACAGUGAAGAUAAAGAAGAGACAGAAUUGGGUGUCAUGGAGGAUCAGCGCAGUAUAAUUCUUCAUCUCAUCUCACAGCUGAAACUUGGAAUGGAUUUGACCAAGGUGGUGCUCCCCACAUUUAUCCUGGAGAAGCGAUCCUUGCUGGAGAUGUAUGCAGACUUUAUGACACACCCUGACCUGCUGCUGGCCAUCACUGCUGGGGCCACGCCUGAGGAGAGAGUCAUUUGCUUUGUGGAGUAUUAUCUCACAGCCUUCCGCGAGGGCCGAAAGGGGGCUUUGGCCAAGAAGCCCUACAACCCCAUCAUCGGCGAGACAUUUCACUGCUCCUGGGAGGUUCCCAGGGACAGGGUCAAGCCAAAGAGGACUGCUCCGCCCUCUUCUGCUGGCUGUCAGGAACACCCGGUGGCUGAAGACCCUUCCAGAAGCUACAAGCUACGAUUUGUAGCUGAGCAAGUGUCCCAUCACCCUCCCAUCUCCUGCUUUUACUGUGAGUGCAAGGAAAAGAGACUGUGUGUCAACACUCAUGUAUGGACCAAAAGCAAGUUCAUGGGCAUGUCCGUGGGGGUCUCUAUGAUCGGGGAAGGUGUGCUGAAGCUCUUGGAGCACGGGGAGGAGUAUGUCUUCACCCUGCCCAGUGCCUAUGCCCGGUCCAUCCUCACCAUCCCAUGGGUGGAGCUCGGAGGAAAAGUCAGCAUCAACUGCGCCAAGACCGGGUACUCGGCAACGGUGAUAUUCCACACAAAACCCUUCUACGGAGGAAAAGUCCACAGGGUCACAGCCGAAGUAAAGCACAAUCCGACCAACACUAUUGUCUGUAAAGCCCAUGGGGAGUGGAACGGUAUCUUGGAGUUCACCUACAGCAAUGGAGAAACCAAAGUCAUAGACACAACCACCCUGCCAGUGUACCCGAAGAGGAUCAGGCCUCUGGAGAAGCAGGGGCCCAUGGAGUCCAGGAAUCUCUGGCAGGAGGUGACUCGAUACUUGCACCUAGGGGACAUCGAUGCAGCCACUGAGCAGAAGCGACAGCUGGAAGAGAAGCAACGGAUAGAGGAACGGAAGCGGGACAGCCUCUGCACAGCAUGGCGACCAAAAUAUUUUAUCCAGGAGGGUGAUGGCUGGGUAUACUUCAACCCCCUCUGGAAGGCAUACUGAUGGGGUGAUGGUGAGGAGCUUUCCUAAAGAGCCCAGUUUUUGUAGGAAUUAAAGUGGUACAGUAUCAAGGUUCUAUUGGCAUUGAGAAUUCCUGUUAGCAUCUAAGAAAUGGUUUCAGAGAAAUUAUAUACUGUGAAAAGCAGACCCCAAACUCUGCUAGAAGACUGAAUUUAUUCAAGAGCCAUUUGGGGCACAUGUGACAC